UCAAGCAGUUAAUUGAAACAGCAAGAGUGAAGAGAAACCCACGAAAAUGGCACUUCUUUGUGCUUGGACCUCGGCCAUCUUCUCUCCUUGUUCAUCAGAGAGACCUUCAUUUGCUUCAUUGAAAAGGAAUAUUCCCAGUAACCAAAGCUCAUUUCUUGGGUUCUUCCCUGUAGUAGCAUUGUCGAAACCUUCUGCUGCUCGGACAACAACGUUGUCUUUCUGUAAACGGGAUUUCCGGGUUUGUUGCCAGGACCUCUCUGUUGUCCCUGAAAACCAACGUUGGAUGUUCGAGGAAUCCGACGCUGAGGGCCCUGAUAUUUGGAACAACACAUGGUACCCCAAAGCUAAAGACCACAUUAACACUGAAAAACCAUGGUAUGUUGUUGAUGCAACUGACAAAAUUCUGGGAAGACUGGCAUCAACAAUUGCUGUGCAUAUGCGUGGAAAGAAUUUGCCAACCUACACUCCUAGUUUCGAUAUGGGUGCUUUUGUGAUAGUGGUAAAUGUUGACAAAGUUGCUGUAUCUGGAAAGAAAAGGACCCAGAAGCUCUACAGGAGGCAUUCAAGAAGACCGGGUGGCAUGAAAGUGGAAACAUUCAACCAGCUGCAGCAAAGAAUUCCUGAAAGAAUUUUCGAGCACGCUGUUCGUGGUAUGCUUCCUAAAGGAAGGCUCGGUAGAGCAUUGUUUAACCCACCUGAAGGUUUACAUGGGCCCGGAUCAUCCGCAUGAGGCUCAGAAGCCUAUUGAAUUGCCUAUACGGGACAAAAGGGUGCAGAAGCAGCGAUAAGCAAACUUAAAGCAGGGUUCGGAUCGAGAGCCAUUUUUUUUUGUCAUGUUGUUUGGUCCUUGGGGGUAUAAAUUUCAUGUUGUUUUCCAUUAAAUUGGUUAAUGGAUUGAUCGAGUAAUCGAAACAUUCAGUUUGAUUUGGUUCAA